UUCUCGCCUCUGCCGUGCAUCUCUUCUCCCACGAUAGAAUGCCGUCGUCUCCACCGGCCGAUGCAAGUGACCCGAAACCUAUUCCACUGCCACGGCGAUGGGGUGUGGGUGAAAUUUUGACGGCAAAGGAAAACCGGUCCGUGGUCAAGACUCUCAUCCUGUUCUCGGCCUUCAUGGUGGCCUUUCCCAUCGGCACAUUCUUCGCCUUCCACGACUACAUACUCAGAGACACAGCGCCCAACACACGAACGUUUUGCAGCGGCAUGGCGGCAGUGCUGGCAGCCAACAUCGUCAUGGCUGGGUACGCCAUCGUAGCGAUAAAAGAGGAUGGGGUCGAGGAGGGCGGCAAUCGACCGAGGACGACGCCCUUGAAAGUGGACUAGAUAGGACCGUAUGAUUAGCAGACACACUCGACAAAGAUAGCAUACGGGUGUAACUUUGGUUGCCUUGUUCCCGUGUCGCUAUUUGUGUUGGUGUCACCAUGUUUAUGUACAUAGACUUAUGUGUUCCGCUUUGUGGUGUGUCUCGGCGUCCUUUGCUAUUGCUUGCGGGGUUUGCACUUGCUUUCCUUGUAAAUGGUUGUCCUCACGUGUUUGGUGAGACCUGCCGACUUCGGAGACAUGUGGGAGAUACGAAGAAGAUCAUCAUUCGUGGGAUCUGAUGGCGAACCCGUGAAUCUUUUCGAGUGUCUCGUGGUUUACGCUGUUUUCGAGCGAUUCCCUACCGUUACGUGCGAAACGAUUCGCCCAGACAGGUAAGAUCAACGUUGUCUCUUUAUUGCCUCGUUUACCGUCUCAACGAUUGAGACGCCACUCAUCCAGCGGUGAAGGUCUACCCUCCGAAUAUCAUGUCC